AUGGAGGGCUUCGCCGCCCGCACCUACGGCACCGGCGGGCCGGACAGCCGGCCGCUCUUCGGGGAGACCUCGGCCAGGGACAGAAUCAUCAAUCUCGUCGUCGGCGGCUUGACGUCCUUGCUGCUCGUAGUCACCCUCAUCAGUGCUUUUGUCUUCCCGCAACUACCUCCAAAACCCGUGAACGUAUUUUUCGCUUUCUGCAUCUCCCUGUGUUGCAUUUCUGCUGGCAUACUUAUCUACUGGUAUCGACAAGGAGACCUGGAACCUAAAUUCAGGAACCUGAUUUACUAUAUAUUAUUUUCUAUCGCCAUGCUAUGUAUAUGUGCCAACCUGUACUUCCAUGAAGUGGGUAAAUGAUGGACAUUGGGAGUGCCCAGCACCGACACUACUGGACUGGACUGCUUUCAGCUCAGCUCUCAGCUCUACCUGAGCUGUUGAAGUGAAGACAAUCAGCCUGAGAGGAAAGAAAUGGGUUGUGCGAGGAUCAAUCAGUACAUGAUUUUCAUGUAAAUGUAUAUGUAAUGUCCCUCUUGUCGGGGAGAAUUAUUGCCAUAAGAUGUGACAUUCUGCUUUUUUCUGAAGAGCUACUGUUGCACUUAAUGAACAUUCCAGUUGUACUGACGUUUCAGAAUGGCACAAGCUUUUUC